CAUAAACAGACCUAACGUUCACCACCGCGGUGAGUAGGCUGUUUGGAUAAAUUAUAACUUAGGCUAGAACAUAUUUAUCGAAAGUAACAUGGCCUAUUGGUCGGAUUUAAACAAUAAUUAGACUGAUAUUACUUUUUGUUUCCUUAUAUGACAUUGCAUUUCUUUACAGUGCUUACGGUAAUCGCAUGGCUCUUAGUUGUUCAUCAUCUUGCCUUAUUAAUGACGGCUCUGGAAAGCACUGUCCUAUCGACACAAACACCAAGGAGGUGGCAAUGAUGACACUGCACUAACCCAAAGGAAUCUUCCGUUCUGCCUUAUUAAACCCCACUGGUGCGUCUGACUGGUGUCUAGUGGAAAAACACCCAAAUAAAUAAACAAACCAGAAGGAUUCUCAUUGGGAAAUAGGGUUGUAGAGAGGGACAGACCUGGAUAGUCGACGUGCGCCAUCUGUUGGUCUAGCCUCGCACCUUUUUUUUUUUUAAUAGCAGAAUAAAACAUACUUGCAAUAUUAAUUUGACGUGUAUCUAUGUUGGAUUUAAUACACAUUGAAACAUACAAUAGACCAAUGCAUGUUUUCCCAAGAAUAUCAACGUCCAGUGCAAUUUGCUCCUUCACCUUUGGGUUGUUGAAUAAGGCCAUUAUGGUUUACAGUAGGUUAAACGUUGCAAAUAUAUGAACCAUUAUGUGUUGCGUUAUCACAGGCUCCUUUUCUGGACACAUGCUGUUUUAUCAAGGCGAGUAACAACAACAAAAAAGCAAUUUAUGAGUGCUUCAGUUUUAUUUACAGUCUGCAAAUCACACUUUAAUCCACUAGGCUACGCCAGGCAAAAAGUCAGCCUUUGCCACGCCCUUUGGGGAUUCCCCUCCAACAGUUUACGGUUUUUUUUCUUCUCACAUGCACGCAGAGAUCGGCGCUCGUUGUAUUCGUCUCUAUUUGGCCUGCCGCAGAGCCCUGGUAAUGUUAUCGUCGUCUUAACCAUGCCUUAUUUUUUAGUCCUACUUUUGUGCAACACUUAGCCUAUUAAUAAUUAAGCAGUGUACUUGUCUAAUACGUUAGUAUUAGAUGUAGGGGGGGGGGGGGGGGGGGCAUGAACGGCGAGCAGCUUGUGCACCUCUUUGGUUCCACAAAAGAGGGGUGCUUUCCUUGGGUCCGAUUCACCUCUGGUUCUGAGGGGAGCAGCCAGUAACAGGUAGACCUUGACAUUGACACCGACCAGCAGCACCACCAACCCCACCAUCACCAUGGCGAGCGGUGACUGCAAGAAAGACUAUCGCAUGGAUGACAACCGCACGGACUCUGGCAUCGACUCGUACAGGUCCAUUUUGAAAGACGCGGAAGAGUCGUACGGGAAACUCGCGGGGGAUCCUGCUGAAGACAGCGAUGGUGCCGACAAGUUUUGCAGCAGCAUCAGCAGCACCGCGGACGAGCGGAUGGACUCAGCAUACGACUCGUCGUCCCUGACGGUGGACAGUCUGUCGGAGAUCGUGGAGGACUGCAGCCUUUCUACCGCUGAAGAGACGCUCUCCAGCACGCCGACCGGGGGACUUAGCGAACAGGAGGAGAACUUUCUCACGAUCAUCACUGAAGACGGAGACACAAUAUUGCAUUUGGCCAUCAUCCAUGAGGACCAAUACUUCGCCCAUCAGUUGAUACAGUGGUUCCCCAAAGACGUCCUGGACAUCCAAAACAACCUGUACCAGACACCCCUGCACCUGGCCACCUACCUGAGCCUGCCCUCGGUGGUGCAGAGCCUGGUGGAGCAUGGGGCCAGCCUGGAGCUUCAGGACCGGGACGGCAACACGCCGCUGCACGUGGCCUGCCAGCACGGCUGGGUGGAAUGCGCCGCCAGCAUGACCGGGGACAUCUCCCCCAGCAAGCUGGUCCCAGUGCUGGAGACGCAGAACUGGAAAGGUCUGACCUGUCUUCAUGUAGCGUCUCUGAACGGACACCUCCAAUUAGUGAAGCUGUUGAUGAAGAAAGGAGCGGACCUGAAUAUCCAGGAGGGUACCAGCGGGAAGACGGCACUCCACCUGGCCGUGGAGCAGCACGACCUGCUCCUGGUGGCCCUGCUGCUGAAGCAGAGCGCCGACGUGGACGUGGACGCCGCCAUGUUCAACGGCUGCACGCCGCUACACCUGGCGGUGGGCCGGCAGGAUGCCGCCGUUGCCAACCUGCUGUGCCAGGCCGACGCCGACAAGAUGGUGCGCAACACGGAGAACGAGACGCCGCUCGACCUCGCCGACGGCAACGACGACAUCCUUGCUCUGUUCCCGUUCGAUGACAUCCAAAUCUCUGGGAGGUCAGUGGUCGCUAUGAAGUUCUGAGUUUCCUAUGGGAUGCUGAAAAUGGAGCGAUUGAGCAGCCCUCUUGGAUGUACCUAGAAGCCCGCUGUAUCUGGAACCCACCGGAGUACGAACAGUACUCCCACUCGGGUGGUCAAACUGUUUGGUCUGUUUGUAAUAUAUUUCCCAUCUUUAUUGUUAUUUAUCAGAUUUUGAGGCACAUUUCUGGAUUCUUACAUAAGGUACAAAAGCUAAAUGUUUUAUUUAUCUUUUUCUUAUUAUUAUUAUCUUACAAAAUAACCUGUGGAGUGUGUGUGUGGUGGAUGGCUGGUUGAAGCAGCCUCACCUGGCCCGAGUUGGACUGGUUAGCCUGAGUUGGCGCUGAGUGGGGCUUCUGGCCUCUGUGUGUGGAGUAAUCAAAGGGACACAUUAGCAACCAGCCAUCCCCACACACUCUUUCGAAUCCUAAAUAAUUUUGCAAAUUUCUCUAGAAAAUAUUCGGCAAGCAAAGGCAACUCCUCCAGAGCUUAAAAUAGUAAUGCAAAGGUUCUUAAUAAAAUUGUAAUUAUAACGACUUUUGCUGAUACUCGGAUACAUAAAAAACGUUAGGUGUUGGUGAACAUAUCAUUCAUUGUAAUGGCUUUUACCCUUGUAGCUCAAUUUAGCCUUCUUUUUGCGAUGGAGCUAUGAUGAAAUAUAAUCAGAAGUUGGGGAAAAAAAAAUGUUGUUAUGUCCCAUUUCUUGAAAGAAUUGUGUGCAGAAAUGAAACCAUUAAAUUAUACAUAGUAAAACACGUAUUGCUUCUUAUUUUUUAGUGCAUUAGGAAACCUUAUAUAAAAUGGUAGUCUGGGAUCGGGUGGCUUUUUAGUUUUAUGAAACGCAUCUCCCUUUCACCAAUUGUGAGUGGCGUUGUAGGCACAUAAGCCACCCAUAGCUGUUGUGAUGUAUGGAGCCUGUCGGGCCUUAAAUCCCUCUCUGAUUUGAAGUAAAACUGCCUGGAUGUGGGAAUGACAACUGAUCCGCCUGCUGAUUCAGAAAUGCUUGCAAACUUGACAUUUUAUUUUGUAUGAAAAUGAUUAAAUUAUUCUUGGACAUUGCUUUUGAUUUAUUUAUUUAGAAUGUUGUUUAUCAUGGACCCACAUUAACAUAAGAAGAAUUGCUUUAUCUGUAAGUAUUUUUUGAGACACUUAGGCGACCAUGACACUGACUCAAUGCCUUCCAACCUACCCAGAAAAGAGUUUACAGAGGAGUUUCAAGGAGUAUCUAGUUUUUGCCUUGGUAUUCUGCCAUGGGUCCCACGCAGGGCAAUAACUCUUUUGUUACCAUAAAUGUAAGUCUGAAUCUGAAUAGCUUUUAAAUAGGAUGGAUGGGAAGAGCAAUCUGCUAAUGGAAUUGGCGUCAGCGUGGUUCAUCAUCUGG